AUGCCGAGAGGCAGGCAAUCUCGUCCGCUCAUGACAGGGCCCGGAGUGCCGCAGGCCUGGCCGAUGCAUCUUGUUGGGCUGAGCCAUGGACGAGGCGCUCAUUUCCUUUUUUAUCGUUUCUCUUUCCUGCCGUUGCGAUUUGGGUGGCUCAAAAAUGGGAAAUGGGAACGGGAAGGGAAAAACGGACUGGUGAUAUUUUGCGCAUAUAGACUUUGGGGCUCUGGCUUGGAUCGGUUAUUUUCCCUUUUCAUUUCGUCAUCAUCUCUCCGGUCGCGCGAAAGCACGCCGGCGUCGACGUCACGAGGGGGCCAGUCUCGAGCGAUUGUGUACGAUUUUCGCGGGCAAGCCGCGCUGGCGACGAGGCGGAGGCGAGACGACGAAGAAGCCGACCAGCUCGAUCAAAUUCUGGGCUGGACUCAGGAUGUGGGCUGGAUGAUACCCCCUUUCCUUAAUCUCGACAAUGUACAGUACCCGGAUCAAGAAGAUUCGGGUCGACUCUUGGCCAUGGGGCGGGUCUCAGCGUGCGGUGCACUUGGGUACGCGCGAGAAAGAGACCCUAGAUAG